UGUAGAAGUCUUGUAUACUUUUGUGAUGUUGAAAUAGAUAACCUAAUUUUUUAUUGUGUUUGUUUUGCCUUGUUGAAGCUUAACCUCGGAGAUGAUAUCGUGAAAGUUGUAAUCGAUUGGAGCAAGCUUCAGAGCACAUCAGCACUUCAGCCAACAUUGCUCUUUAGUGCACUUCAGCAGCAUAUUUUAUGUUUACAGCCUCUUUUAGAAAAACUCCAGUCAUUGAUUAAAGAGGAAAAUAUAGGCCCCGUUGAACCUGCAGGUAAAACAGAAAGCCAGACUUGUGAAACAAGUUUAGAUAUUUAUGAUGGUAACUGUCAGACUGAAGAAAAGUAUGCAAGUUAUGACUUGGGAGAUCUGAAGGAUGCUCAUAUUGAUUUUGAUGCAGAGGUGGUCCAAAUAAAAGCUGGAAAAGCAGAAAUUGACAGGCGGAUAUCAGCCUUCAUCGAGAGGAAACAAGCUGAGAUCAAUGAAAAUAAUGUCAGGGAAUUUUGCAAUGUUAUUGAUUGUAAUCAAGAAAAUAGCUGUGCCAGAACAGAUGCAAUUUUCACACCCUAUCCUGGAUUUAAAAGCCAUAUAAAGGUUUCUAGGGUAGUAAAUACAUAUGGACCUCAGACUAGAUCUGAAGGAGCACAUGUGUCCAGUCACAAAGUCAGUGUACCCAUGCAUGAUUGUGGAAACCAAGCCGUUGAGGAGAGAUUGCAAAACAUUGAAGCACACUUACGGUUACAAGCAGGUGGUCCGGUACCAAGAGACAUUUAUCAGAGAAUUAAGAAACUUGAAGAUAAAAUCCUUGAGCUGGAAGGACUGUCUCCUGAAUAUUUUCAAUCUGUAAGCUGUUCUGGCAAGAGGAGAAAAGUUCACCCUCCCCAUCAGAACUAUUCAUUGGCUGAACUUGAUGAAAAGAUCAAUGCUAUAAAACAGGCAUUACUGAGGAAAACAAAAGAAAGCAAGUCCAAGGAGACUGAGCAGCUUCUUCAAUAAAAAAAGGUCUUUACAGAACCCUUAUCAUGCUCUACACAUACCUAAACCAUAUACCUGAGCAGUGUUCCUCGGGGGGUGGCUUUAGCAAUGAAGACAAAGUAUGCAUAUAAACUCCUUUUGGAUAAUGCUGAAAGCUUUCUUUCAGAAUAUCUCAUUUAAAAGCAGACUUAUUAAUGAAAGAGUUACUUUA